AUGGGCCACACGGUUCCCUUUCGAGGAAACAUGCAGUUUAUUCUGACAAUAUUGUAUGGCCUCCUUGUUAUCUCCGCGUUUGGAGACCCGAUUAGAACAAAGAGAGAGCCACCCGUAAGCUCGCAGUAUGGCGCACCACCAGCAACAUCCUACGGAUUACCGAACGUAGGACCGUCCGAUUCUUAUGGUCCACCAGCAAAAUCUUACGGUGCACCGUCUGAUUCGUAUGGAGCACCACCUCCGCCACCAUCGUCGUCUUAUGGUGCGCCACCAUCGUCAUCGUAUGGCGUGCCAUCCGCGCCUUCGUCGUCUUACGGUGCACCAUCCGCGCCUUCAUCGUCUUACGGUGCACCAUCCGCACCUUCAUCGUCUUAUGGUGCGCCUUCUCAGAGUUAUGGCGCACCGUCCGGUGAUCAUGGCGGUUCCUUCGGCGACGCAGGAUCCUACGGCGGUGAUCAUAGCGGAGGAUCCUUCGGCGGUGAUCACGGCGGAGGAUCCUUUGGCGGUGAUCAUGGCGGAGGAUCCUUUGGUGGUGAUCAUGGUGGAGGAUCCUUUGGCGGUGAUCAUGGCGGAGGAUCCUUUGGCGGUGAUCACAGCGGAGGAUCCUUUGGCGGUGAUCAUGGUGGAGGAUCCUUUGGCGGUGAUCAUGGUGGAGGAUCCUUUGGCGGUGGUCAUGGAUCUUUCGGUGAUGAUCAUGGAGGAGGAGGAGGAGGAGGGGGAGGAGGAGGUGAUUCAUUUGGUGAUCAUCAUGGAUCGAGCGGUUACGGCGGUAGUAGCGAUUUCGGAUCAUCUUCCGGAUCCUACGGACCGCCUUCGGACUCGUAUGGACCACCGGCACAUGAUCAGCCAAAAGGUGUAUGGAAAAAAAAAUUGGUAUGGAAACCCGAAUGGAAACAGAUCUGGAAAACAGAAUCUAAAAUGACUUGGAAGCAAGUAUGGAAAAAAGUGCAGGUGCCGGUUUGGAAGGAAAUUCAAGUGCCUGCCUGGAAGGAAAUUAAAGUACCUGCCUGGAAGAAGGUCCAGAAACCCGUUUGGAAAGAGAUACAAGUACCAAUUUGGAAAGAAGUCCAAGUGCCAGCUUGGAAAAAAGUCUGGAAACCUGUUUGGAAGGAAGUCCAGGUUCCUGUAUGGAAGGAAGUCCAAGUACCUGAUUGGAAAAAGAUCUGGGUGCCGGAAUGGGUUAAGGUCGGCAUACCGGGCGAGCAGUACGUGGGUAAAGACCAGCACGGCUGGCAGUAUACCAGUCAUGGUCUCUGGAAGAAGAAAUUGAUAUGGAAGCCGGUUUGGAAAAAGAUCUGGAGAACGGAAAAGAAGCAAAUAUGGGUGAGUGAUAAGAAACUGGAAUGGAAGGCCGAGUGGAAGCAAAUCUGGAAAACGGAAAAAAAGCAAGCCUGGGCGACGGAUAAGAAGCUGAUCUGGCAGGAGGAGUCAGUGCAAGUGUGGGUACCACAGAAGAAACAGAUCUGGGUCACUCAAAAGAAACAGGUGUGGAAAGACGAAUGGAAAAGCAAGUGGGUUCCGGUUUGGAAAGACGUGCAGGUGCCGGCUUGGAAGAAGAUCUGGAAGCCCGUCUGGGAGAAAGUAUGGGUUCCGAUUGAACCCCACCACGAUGAAGGUCAUCAUGGUUACAAGUAGAGGGUCAUGUUCCAUCGGCUCAAUCUUCUCUUUGACUAUCUCGCGAUGCGCAGAGAUCAAAAGGUCGACUCGGAAAAUUAUCUGGAAAUUGUCGAUGCCAAGAAAGUCGGUCAAACUUUAUAGUCUUGUGAUAAUGGAUUAUACUUGCCGAUAGACACAUAUAUUUCAAGGAGAGAAGGAGAGGGCUCACCAAUAAAUUCAUACGACAAGGGGAAAAGUGAAGCCUGCAGUUAACAAGUUAGAAAGCAUCAUGAUGCGCGAUGAAAUACGAACGAAAAUAAAUAGUAAAAAUUUUCAAUCGAUUAUCUCGAUGAUAAAGCGGCGGAAUCGCAUAUCUUUCAAUUUUAUGUAAAAUAUCGCACGAAAAAUGAAAAUAAUCGUCGAGUAAUCAUCGAAA